CGUGCUGAUAGUUGUAAAGCUCUACUCAAAGUGUAUGAUUGUGAUAUAAGUAGUUUCACGGGGAACAAUAAGACCACACUUACUUUGACUUCCCAACAGAAUAAACCAUGUCAGCGUCCCUUGGUCGGUCGAGGAAAUCAGUAGCGCCUCAGCAACAGCCAGCUGUUGCAAAUUGCUCUGCCUGCCGUGUGAUCUCUGGCCUCGCUGCAUUGGAUACUUUGAGCCGCGGCGUAGCGCCUUCUUCGGGAGAACACGAUGGUAACGCGAAGAAAAACGACGAUCACACAGCCUUUGACUUUGUGGCUGAUGUGCCGGAGGAUAAAGAGAACGACGAAGGCCUGCGACGCGAUGAUCUCCUCAUCGAAGCGGGGGAUGCAGAGGCCGCGAUUGUGAGGCAGAAUAGCUUUCUGCACUUGAGCGCAAUUGACCUUCUGCAGUGGAUCCGUUUCGCGCGGUACCCGGGCGAGCCGGCGAGUCAGUUGAUGACGCAGGCCAUGCUGGAGUACAAGGAAACUCUUCUUGACGUGCCGUUUCUCUCGCGUUUCCUGAACGGGCUACCACCCGGUUACGUGGCGCAGAUGCGCGAUUCGGCCGAUCUGCAAAACCAAAAGUACCAGAUCGCCGCGUUCCAGCAGAAGUCCCUGGAGCUCGUCGAACAGCAAGCACACCACCCACACACUCUGGCGCCCGCGAUUCGCAACAUGCAGCGCGCGCUCGCGGAGCUCUUCUACCCGCCCGAUUUGUCGCAAGACCUUGUCCCGGACGCGAAUUACAACGAGGAUGAAAAGGAAAACGCUGACGAAGAAGAUCACGUCGAGGCACUGCACGGCAAGUUUCUGAGCAAGGACGGCCACCAGGACGUGUGCCUCGUCAACGAGGAGUACUGCAACCCAAAUAUCGAGAACCGCAAAGUGCAGGUCGUUUUUAUGGAGCUCUCAACUGUUACAUUCUCAACUGUUACAUGAAAUUUGUAAUGCAAGAAUGGCAAAAGUGAAAGGGAAAAGCUUGCUCCUUUUGCAUUACAGGUUUGGAGCAGAUUACAAUGCUAUCUAGCGUGUCGAGAACUUGUCAUGCGGAGAAGGUUUGAAAUUGUGAAAAGUGAUAGCGUUUUUGCAUGACAAAUCAUGUAACAGUUGAGAAUGUAACGUUUGAGAGCCCCAUAGUUUUCCCCCAGCUCGUGGAUCCGGCCCUUGCCAGUCUGGUGCGCGAAGUGCAAUGUAAUGUACCCCGGCCGCCGCCGACUUUGACCGAUGUCACGGCCGCCUUCGACGGGCCGUCGUCGACUGCGUUUCUGGAGACCGGGGGACCAACAGCUGAGAUGGACCACGAGGAGCAGGAGCGCACGCCCCACGCACCCGACGAGCGCGGGGAGACUGGAGAAAUGAUUGCGGAAACCAUGGGCGAAACCGGGGAGAUACCAGCGCUUUCUCCGAGCGGUUCUUGGAAAAAUACCGGUUUGACAACAACCAUGAUGGAAUCUUCGUCCUCCUCGCAGAGGCCGCGGACAUUCGGCGGCAGCAGCAGCUUGCGGCAGCGUAGAGGAGCUAGAGCAGGAGGCUCGACCACGUCGAAGAACAACGAUGGAGGGGGCGAUGAAAUGCUCGUGCAAGCAGACGGAACUUCACCAAUGGGUCCAGCUGCGGAAGAACAAAACGCGUUCCUAGCGCAAGAAGAGGACAGUACGUCUGCUCGCAAAACAAAGGGAGAGGGGGCGUCGACAGCAAAAUGGGAAAAGUGCGUGGAUCCGUUGAUGCAGCGACAGGAGAUUGUCCGUGCCGGCGGCAAGGAGGGUUUGCUGGCCAGGCUGCAGGACCAGGUCGGAAAAAUUCGGAAACGGUUCGAGAAAAACGAGGUGCAAAUGGUGUUGCUGGAACAAGGCGGAAGCAUAUUUGAGCUGCCGUUGCGGUUCGUGUACGGCAGGGCCGAACCCGGCGACCUGAUCAGUUUUCUGGAAGCGACGCACCUGGACAACUACACAACCCCGACGCAAGCAAAACGGGAAAUGUGCUUUCCCGGGGCCGUGCUGCGGGUAGACGCGAACGCACCGGAAACCGGAGAGAUGCAGCGGCUUAAGCAGUUGGGCCACACCGUCCCCGGGAGCGGUCUCAAGGCCGCGGAUCCGAAAGAAUACGUCGUCGCCGACGGGUAUGAAAGCCUCAGGUUGGAAAUCCUCAAAGUGGAAAUGAUUUGUGAUGCAAAAAAGCGACUCCAGUGGAAGCGGCGUUUGUAGUCGGCGCAUGACAAAUUUCCCGAGCACUUAAAGCAUCUCUGUCAUGCAGGAUAAGGCAAAGGGGUGCCGUUCUGUCGUGCCAAGCAGCACUCCAAUUCUUCACCCCUAGCAGGACAAUAGUCGGCCUCCAUGGCGUCCUCUGCAAUGCAGUCCUUUUUGCAUCGCAUUUCAUGCAUCACAAAUCAUUUCCACUUUGACGAUUUCAAACCUGACGCUUCCAUAACGGGUUCCGCGUACCGGCCUCCGCGUACCAGGUGCUCGACAAGACGCCGCGCAUGGUGCCGCGGGAGGCGGUCACCCGUAUCUACCGACUCCACGACGUCCCGGGGGGCACCGGGUACGUCACACUGGAUGCCUCGUUUCUGCACCGGCUGAAGGAUGUGCUGCGCGCGGAAGUAAAGCGGUCCGGGACCUGGAUUCGCACCCACUUAACGGUGAAUCCGAAAUACCACCGCGGGUGGACGACGUUCAGCCUGUGGGGCCUGGACGACCAGGCCGUGAUCGGGUAUCCAGGCAAAAACACCCAUCCACAUCCAAUUUGUCAUGCAAAAAAUACAUAAAUUCCUGUGCUUGUCAUGCAAAAAACAUUCACUACAUGAUUAUGAUGAUGCAAAAAAUGGAUGUGGACAGGUUUAGGUUUUUUUCUGUGGAUAUCGGGAUGACGCGCAAGGCCCUGGGCGACAAGGUCGAGAAGCUGCUGAAUGCUUUGGUGGAGCAAGCGUUUGACCGCAUUUUCCCGCAGAUGAAAGAGAUGGACGACGGACCCAAAAAGCCGGCGGGAGUGACGCAGGACUGGACUAUGGUCUUGUUUCCGUUCCAGGAAAAAGCAAUCUUCCACCCCCUCGCGCGGAAGCAUCACGACUCGGAAAGCAAAAAGGACCUCGACCCUGGAGUGGCGAAAGCAAGGCCCAUCCCCCCGACGACGGCCACGACGGCAAGAUCCAAGCAGAAAGGAUCCAGCGCGUGGAAUACUUUGCGCGACUACCUUUCUUCGAACGAAACGUUGGCCGAGCGCGCUCGGCACGAGGCCAAGGAGGACAUGAAAAUCAAAUUCCGAGAGAAUUUCAAGCAAACCAUGCACAACCUGGAUUUUGAGGUCAAUCUUCGGUCCAUGACGGCCAUCGAGGGGAAGUUCGACAACCUAGCGCGCGCCGCGGCCCCACUGAGCAUCAGCAAGGACAGCAGUAGCAAGCGCGACAUCGCGGCCGUAUUGAACAAAGAAAUGACCAAGGUAUCGGAUGCCAUCUGGGCCCUGGCGGAUCAGGUCCUCGCGCACUUCGAGCCGCUCGAGCUCCCGCCGGGGGCACCCGAGCCCAAGGUGGGAGGGCUGGACGAGGUGCUGGAGCGGCUCCCGGACGAGUUUCCGGAACUCCCGUCGUUGCCGCUGAAGUUGGAAGAGUUGUUUCUGCUGGACGAGAAGGCUGGCGCCGACGGAAACGCGGAUACGGUGUACAUGUACUUACGCGAGUACGGAACCUGCCAGCCGACGCUGUCGACGGAAGCGCAGGGCGUAGACUGCAGUAAGGAGGAAAAGAGCCACACAGAACACCAGCUUUGCCCAGCAAAGUUCCCGAAGAUCGCGGAGAAAAGCGCGCACAUCAGUAAGCUCAUUCCGCCGGCGCAGCAGGAGAUGCGGAUGAACGAAAUCAACCGUGCAUCAGCAUCGGGGGCCAUGCAGGUAAAGUCUUUUUUUUUUUUGAACAAGAAGAAGAUUCAGAUACAGAUUGAUUUUCUGUUUCAUCCUCCUGAUUUCGAUUUGCUAGUCGGUGAUGUGUAGUAAGUUGUAAAGUACUAGUAUAAUGCCCUCCCCCUUCGAGCACGACCACGAGCAGCUCCAAUAAAACACGAACCAGGACUUCACACCAUGGCAACCCAAUGCAGCAGCGCCGUCGCAGGCAUACAUGGGGCCGACGCGGGCGCAGUAUUACGGAGGAGGAUACGGAUACGGUGGAAUGUAUGGUGGGAGCGUUGGUGGAAUGGAUCCCUGCUGCUGCUGUUGCGUCUACUGUUGCGACUCGUGCUGCCAGAUAGCGAUGAUGGAAACCUUCUUCUACACGCCGACGCUGUUCGGGAUCCCGGCGGGGACUCCGUGCUGCUGCUGGUGCCUUCCGGAGUAUGGCGUCGGUAUGUGCCCAUCGUGCCCGGUGUUGUGUUCGGAGGGGUGUAUGCCCUGUGAAAUGGGAGCGUGUGCAAACCUGCCGGCUAUGGGUUGCGAUUUGGGCAACAUGUGCGGCCUCUGUGGCGAUUUGCUUGGCGGCGUGGGAAAUGUCCUUGGCAAUAUACCGAUCUUCGGGAGCAGCUCGUAGCAUCUUGCUUGUUUGAAAUUCUCUCACCUGUUUCCUAGAAAAUUAACAUGUACGUUUUGAAGAGAAGUAGCACAGUCACAGAAGUAGCAGGCAGAAGAAGAACAACUUUAGCAUUACAAGGACAAAUUUCGAUUCCGUUUCAACAAGCAGGGAACCAAAAAGAAAAAGAUCAAUAGCAAGAUUUUAUGAAAGUAUUCUGCAGCACCUCCUCCGCCAGCAGGCACCUCGCUGAGUGCUUUUCAGUGAUACUAGAAAUCUCUGAUCUUCCUACUCGCUCCUCUCGUACUCGGUCGUGAAUGUGAGUUUCGUAGAAAGCAGCACUAAAGUAUCUAGAUUGAUAGGAUGCGAAAAUGAAAAACUGAAAUUGAAGUUGUAAAUUAUGCUAGUAGAAGCGCAAGCGCUAUGCUAUCGUCGAUCAUCAUGGCGUAGUAAACCCGCCUUGAGAUUUAGUUUGUAAAAAAUUGGUCGUCCCAGGCCCCGACGUAAAUAGAACAAGCUGCCACUUGAUAUUGAAAUAAAGCGAAAAAGUGGUAAAUAGAAAAAAAUGAAAUUGACUCAGCAUGCCUGUACACAGAAGAAAAACGGCGG